AUGGCUGAUUCCAGUGCGCUCGUCACCGCGCUAUUGACUUCCACCCACGCCUUCCUGCAGCCUUCCUCUUCUCUCCACUCCGAGACUUUGGCCUAUGUAAAAUGCAUUCUGGACCCUUUGGCUGCCGACGUCGCAGCUGCGCAAAAGCUGAGGCGGGACCAGAACAGGAAGAAGAGAAAGCGGAGUGAUAUUGAGCGGGAAAACGAGGUCUUGCAGUUGCGUCAAGUUUACACAAAUGGCUUUGGGGUAAAACAGGUGUGGGAACAAGCGAAAAGGAUCCUGGAUGCCACUUGUACCGAGACAGAGAAGGAUAUCGCCGUCCACAGAUCUCGACUGCACUCAAGCUCAGACGAGCAAAUUGUCAGAAAUGGCCACCGCGCGGAUGAAGUCGACGCUUCGGAUGCCUGGGAAGACGAGGAUGAGGAUGAGAUGCCGGGGUCAGGAGUUGACGAUAGGCAGGAUGACGUACUAGAGGAUGAGUUCGUCGACGAUGAGGAUGGUACAGAAGACUUGAGUGAUCUCGAGGACAUUGACGAUGUCGAAAUGGAUGCUUCUUCUUCCGGGGCCGACCAACAGGAUCCCAGAACAUAUCGGCAAGAUCCAAACAGCCUCAAUGACGGCUUCUUUUCCAUCGACGACUUCAACCGACAGACUCAAUUUCUCGAGCAACAAGAUGCACGGGGCGAAGACGACAACCCCAGCGAUGAGGAUGAGAUUGAUUGGGAUGCAGAUCCCUUGACUAUGCCUUUCCACAGACCGAAGGUGAAUCCUGCUAGCCAGGACAAGAAAGGGAAAGGCAUCUCGGAUCGCGAAGAAGAAUCAGACGAAGAAGAAGACGGUCCAACCUUUGGAGAUGCCGACCUCAAUGCCGACGAUACCGACGAAGAUAUGAUGAGCCAGGACGAGGAAGCUCUCAAUGACCGUGUCGACGGCCUGCAAAACACCAAUGAGAUUCGCUACGCCGACUUUUUUGCACCUCCGCCCAAGAAAUUAUCAAAGACAACGCGGAUGCGAGCACUACCGAAAACGCAACCGACCAAGCAACCCGAACCGCCCCAUGCAGACUUCGAGAUCGACGUGCAGCGAGCAAUCUCCGAUGUUCGACGUGACCUGCUUGAGUCGGAGGAAGAAGAAUCUGACUUGGAAUCUGGAAGUGACAUGGAGGACAUGAGGCGGUCAAGUCAGAACAUGUCUACACAUGAGAAGCAGCGAGCCGCCAUCGCCGCUGAGAUCCGGCGCCUAGAAGCGGCCAACGUUGCAAAAAGAGACUGGACGCUCUCUGGCGAGGCACGCGCUGCAGACCGCCCGCUUAAUUCCUUGAUCGAAGAAGACUUGGAGUUCGAGCGAGUGGGUAAACCUGUGCCCGUAGUCACCGCCGAGGUCUCCGAGGACAUUGAACAGUUGAUCAAACGACGCAUCCUGGCUCGCGAAUUUGAUGAGGUUAUUCGCCGCCACCCCGAUAGUUUGGGCGCCGCCACCGAAACGCGGAGAGGCCGGGUUGAUGUUGACGACACAAAGCCCCAGUCCGGCCUUGCAGAAAUUUAUGAGCAGGACCAUCUCCGUGCUACAGAUCCAGGAUACGUCGACAAGAGGUCAGCAGCGACGAAGAAACAGCAUGAAGAGAUCUCAAGGCUGUGGAAAGAGGUGUCAAGUCAGUUGGAUCUGCUCAGCAAUCUCCAUUUCAAACCCAAACGAGUCGAAGUAGAGAUCAAAGCAGUGGAAGAUAAACCCACGAUUAGCAUGGAGGAUGCAAGGCCUGUUGGAAUGGGUGUCAAUGCCGAGGAGAGCAUGCUUGCGCCUCACGAGGUGUACCGGCCUGGCGAGAAGACGACGAAGAGGGACAAUAUGGCUGUUCUCAAAGGCGGCGCGAGUGUGAGCAAGGACGAAAUGACCCGAGAAGAGAAAUUACGCAGGAGAAGGAGGGAGAAAGAGCGGGCGAAGAAGGCACAAGGAAAUGCGUCGACUUUGAAAGUUGGCGCGAGUGCUAAUGGUAGAGAUGGCGAUUCCAGGAAGUCGAAGGCCAAAUCUCGAGAGCGAGAGAAGGCGGACAUCUUGUCUGAGCUGCGCAAAGGCGGCGUCAAGGUUGUGGGAAAGAAGGGAGAAUUGCAGGACUUGAGCGGAAAGAAAGGGAACAAGGGAGGCGUCUCUGUGGGUGCAUUGGCUGGAGGGGCGCUGAAGUUAUAG